AUGGUUCAACUCUUCUAUUAUGAACACCUCGGGCAGCGCUGUGAUCAAUUAAUUCAAGUGAAUGACCGCCGCAUCGUUGUUGAGCUGUAUGCUCUUGAGGGAGUAACCACAACCGUGCCAUGCACACGGUGGGAAUUGCGCUUCCCUUGGUUCACCUGCCGCUUUUGUACCGUUGUCAAGUUUUGCGGUGCGACUCGAACCUUUAGAACGCGUGGAAAAGUCAUGUGUACAAAAAAUGACGGUGCACUGUUCGUCACUGGCAAGUUCAAGGACGAUGUGGAGGGCACACAGGGCAACCCUGACUUCUGUAUUUUCCUAACCAGCAAUGUCUCACAGAGGGACUUUCAUGCCGGCUACAUCCUUACGGGAACGCUGCAGCGGGGAGCAAAAAGUCGCAAUAUCUGGGAGACGACACACUUUGCAAUGGUGCGUCGAAAGGGCUACUGA